AGCGAUUUGUACUAAUACGGUGAAUCGCUUCUAAAUGUGCGUCUGCCCCUCCUGUAUGCUGUAAGGGAAAAGGAGGGCACCGAGCGCCAUCUAUAUCCGGAGCAAGUGACCAUUAAUAAGGUAAACAAUGUUUCAGAUUAAGAAGAUUUGCUGCAUUGGUGCCGGUUAUGUUGGGGGUCCAACAUGCAGUGUCAUUGCCCAAAUGUGUCCUGAUAUCAAAGUGACAGUGGUUGAUGUGAAUGAAGCAAGGAUUAAUGCAUGGAAUUCAGACACACUCCCAAUUUAUGAGCCUGGGUUGAAAGAAGUAGUGGAGUCCUGUCGAGGAAAAAAUUUGUUUUACUCCACGGAUAUAGAUGGAGCAAUACAAGAAGCUGACCUUGUGUUUAUCUCUGUCAACACUCCAACAAAAACAUAUGGCAUGGGAAAAGGCCGGGCAGCGGAUCUUAAAUAUAUUGAAGCUUGUGCCAGAAGGAUUGUCCAAAACUCAAACGGUUACAAAAUCGUAACAGAAAAGAGCACUGUGCCAGUACGAGCCGCGGAGAGCAUUCGGCGAAUAUUUGAUGCCAACACAAAGCCUGAACUAAAUUUACAGGUGCUGUCUAACCCAGAAUUCCUUGCAGAGGGAACUGCUAUCCGGGAUCUCAAAAACCCGGACAGGGUGCUAAUUGGUGGAGAUGAGACACCUGAGGGUCAAAAAGCCGUGCGUGCACUAUGUGAAGUUUAUGAACACUGGGUACCCUCAGAAAAAAUUAUUACAACCAAUACUUGGUCAUCAGAAUUAUCAAAAUUGGCAGCCAAUGCUUUCCUUGCCCAGAGAAUCAGCAGUAUUAACUCAAUCAGUGCCCUUUGUGAGGCUACGGGAGCAGAUGUGGAGGAAGUUGCUAGAGCUAUUGGAAUGGAUCAGAGAAUAGGAAACAAGUUCCUUAAAGCUAGUGUUGGAUUUGGUGGUAGCUGUUUCCAGAAGGAUGUCUUGAACCUGGUGUAUUUGUGCGAAGUUUUGAACCUGCAUGAAGUGGCGAGAUACUGGCAACAGGUUAUUGAUAUGAAUGACUAUCAGAGAAGAAGGUUUACUACCAGGAUUAUUGAUUGCCUGUUUAACACUGUAGCAGACAAGAAGAUCGCUCUCCUUGGGUUUGCAUUUAAGAAGGACACCGGUGAUACUAGAGAGUCUUCCAGUAUCUAUAUUAGCAAAUACCUCAUGGAUGAAGGUGCAAAGCUGCAUAUUUACGAUCCUAAAGUUCCAAGGGAGCAAAUAAUAAUGGACCUGUCCCAGCCUGGAGUUGCACCAGAUGACAGAGUUUCCCAGCUGGUCCACAUUUCUACGGAUUUAUAUGAAGCGUGUGAGAAUGCUCAUGCUAUUGUAAUCUGCACCGAGUGGGAUAUGUUUAAGGAGUUGGACUUUAAUCGAAUACACAGGAUGAUGUUGAAGCCAGCCUUUAUUUUUGAUGGAAGACGUGUUCUCGAUGAACUUCAUGGAGAGCUGCAAAAUAUUGGCUUCCAGGUGGAAACCAUUGGCAAAAAGGUUGCAUCCAAGAGAAUCCCAUUCACACCAACAGCAGAUAUUCCCAAAUUCAGUCUGCAGGAUCUGCCUCAUAAGAAACAGAGAGUAUAACUACCACUGGAGAGCCAGGGACACCUGCAGUGGGAGAACUCCUGGAAUGGCUGCCCACCAUAACCACAAAUGGUUAGAGCCCUUUCACUCUGGGAAGGGAACCCAACACAAAGCACAUGAUUGGUUAAGUAUGACAACUCUGGGCUUUCAGCUACUGCUGCCUAUUGCCAGAGAACAUCUGCAACAUGAUUAAAUGGCUUCAAAUUCACAAGCUAAUUUAUUUGUAAAUAAAUCUUUUUCAAGCUACGUUUAAACAUUUCUUGGGUAGUGUUUAACAUUUUUAUAAAGACCAAAUAAGCUUUGAAUGUAACUGUUUAAUUCCUUCAAAAAGAAAAAAAAUCAUUACAGCAAAUUGAAAUAAGGCAGUAAAAUCACAGAGCAAUGGUAGCUGCACGGUCACGCUCUGGAUCCAGAACAAACUAUAUUCAUUGUUUAUUCCAUGUACUUUUAUAUGAGAUUGUUUCUAGCUAUAUUCUGAGUAAAGUCUAUUUUUUCUACUCCUUUUUUUAUAUUUUUACAAUCUUAAAAUAUCUUUUAUAAGUCUAGUUGGUGUUCCCCAUACUGACAGGCUUCUGCAUGUUAUAUAGUAAGUGCUGUCUGCAGAAGUGGCUGUGCACACCAGCCUGGGCAGGGAUAUGCUGAAGAAGGUGGCACUGACAUCCAGGUAUUGGGAUUAUAAAAAAUAUGGGGAAUUUCCCCAAUGGUGGUGUCCCUUUCAUCUUCUAUUGCAAGCAGCAGCAGCAGCAGCAGCGUACAUAGCACUAGUGGUACCAGGUACAUUACUGACACAUUCAUGUGGGUAUUAUCCUCUGAGGGAAGAUCACCCCUGUAGCACUACAUUUUCCUGCAUCUAGUGGGCAGUUUCUGUUUUAACAUGUCCCCAGGUAUUACUUGCAGCUGAAACUGAGAGAUUAUUCGGGAGCAGUCCAUACAGUGAGUGUCAUGAAGCCGAUAGAAUGCAGUAUUAUUGCCCCACGUAUAAAGUAGCUUAGGCUGCUGUGUAUCAUGUAACACCAUACAGCGGUCACUAACUGGCCCAAGCACACCCUUCAUAUUCAUCCUUUCGCUAGUGCAGAAACAUAAGGUACGGCUGGCACUACUGCUCAUUUUAAAAGUGUUGAGAUGAUAAGGUGGAAUUCCUACUUGGUUACUGAAUGCAGGGAAAUCCCCUUAAAUCUUGUGCUGCUGGCACUUUGCUUAUGUUGCUUAACAUUCUGUAACUUUGGUACCUAAUGCCAGCACUGGUUAUAGGGGCACAGGUUCCACGUAUUCAGAAUCUGCGGUGACUGCUUGGCUCAGAGGCCCUUCUAUUGAGAACAAACUUGUUUACAGUUUUCAUGUUUAAAAUUGAUUAGAAGCAACUCAAUUCUGCCUUGAAAUGUAAUAUGUAAAAUAAAGAAUUUCAGAUCUGUCA